AUGUCUAUAACGACUUCUGGCCAGUGGUUCGAGGCGGUGCACCAGAGGAACUACAUGCUUGUUGAGCGCUACGCAGACAGGUUUGCGUCCUCGGUCAAUAGUCACGGAGAGACCGCACUUAUGUUGGCUACGCGCGCGCAAGAUGUCCAGAUGAUGGAGCUCCUGGUUGGCUAUGAGCGGGGCAUGUUCAAUAAGAUGGGGGAAACGGCGCUUGUCAUUGCCAUAGACAACAACUUGUUCAUGGGGAUCGAGCUUUUGGCGCGGAAUGAGGCUAAUUCGACGGGGUAUGAUGGGUCGUCUCCUCUACACCACGUUGUGAGGUCAAACAAGAUUGAUUUUGUCCCGUACCUGGCUCCUCUUCUGGCGCAGAAGUGCGAUGACGCUGGAAGGACGCCUCUCGAGCUGGCAGCAGAACUAGGCUACACAGAAAUGAUGGAGCGUCUCAUCCGCCACGGACUCCCUGUGGCCACGGCAGAUCAGAUCAAUCGUGCAGCUCAAAUUGCUGAGGAGCACGGAUUUCCAGACUGUGCGUAUGCCAUCCGCAAUACAUCGGCGCCGCCCACCGAUACGCAGGGAGGACGCCAGAUUUUCAGCGGCACAGGACAUAUUUGCGAGAAUGCCCGAAGUGAUCAGUAUUAUAAUGACGUCACUGCGAAUCAACUACACGCUCACAGCGCACGAAUUGUUGCACCAGUUGUGCCUCCAGAGCUAGACCCAGAGCAGAUAGAGGGCAUGGGGAAAGGGCACAGCAUGUCCCCCUAUGCAAUUUACAACACAAACUGUCUAAACUGCGAAAAGAACAUCACCGCUCUUGUUUCCUUGCUAAUCGAUAGGGAUCAGACGGUGUCAGAGCUUAGACACAGACUUGAUGUUGCCCAGAAUGAUAACGUUAUCCUCAAGAAGAAGAUCCGAGCCCUGGAAGAACUUCAGGAGCGGCACUACCAGGGGUCGAUAGAGCACGCCAUGGCCAUCGAACGCGAGGCUAACCCGGAUCGCUACGUGGGGACAAAUAAUACUGUCGACCCAUCGCAUUCUCAGAUCGAAAACCAAUUGGACUUCAGCCAUUCGGCCACGGCAACUCCGUCGCGGCAAGCAACUACUUCCAAGCUGGGGACUUCCAGGGGGAACUCGUCGAUGCAAUUGACAGGAGGAUUCACUGAAAGGCACCUGAAGUGUCUGUCUCCGUCUCAACGACAACAAGUCAUCGAAGACGCAGCAACUAUCGAGCUGGCAAAUGACUACAAGACCCUCAGAACCCUGGGAAUAGACGUCUCGAAUGUCGUAUCAGGGACGACAAAGCUGUCCAGUAGCUCUACUGCAGAUACGCUCAGGAGAUCUCUGAGUAAUUCGGGCCGGGUUCGGUCUAUGCCAAGUGACACUGUACUGAACUGCGAGCCGGGAUCUGCUCCAUACUCCACACAUAUUUCCCGCAGAUAUGGCGACUCUCCAUCCCGUUCGACAUCUCGCACCAGAACAGCCCUAUCGAGUUCACAAACACGUGCGGGGAGCAACACUCUGCGUCGUUCUGGCUCAGUUACAGGUACGGCCACAGGAGCAACCAAGGCACAUGGAUCUACCUCUACCUCAAGAGCCCAGUCCAGAACACAGUCUAGGAAUCAAUCCCGCACGGGCCGGUCGGGCUCCACGGUGGACCGGCAAAGACAUAUGCCCCCGAGCAAGACUAAUGCGAUGGAUGAAACGGAGCUCAUGCUUGCCGCGCUUAACGGUGACUUGAUGCUCGUCGAUCAGCUGAGACAUACGCAAGUGGGGUAUGUCAACAAGUUUGGUAAAACAGCGCUGAUGUACGCGGCAGAACGGAACCAUGUAUCCUGCGUAACGCUCCUGUUUCUGAAGGAAAGUGGAAAGCAAGAUAGAGAUGGGAUGUCCGCCUUGAUGUACGCGGCUCAGUAUGGCUACAUGACCGUCUGCAAGACCCUUAUGUAUGCCGAGGCGAAGCUCACACGACACGACGGAAUGACUGCAUUGAUGCUUGCGGCAAACAACGGUCACGAGCUUGUGGUUUCAAUUCUCUUAGAGUUCGAAGCAGGAUACCAGAACGUGGAGGGCAUGACGGCGCUUAUGUUAGCUGCACAGAAUGGCCACCUGGAAUGCUGCAAGCUGCUGUGUUCGCAGGAGAUCUUUAUGGUUGAUAAUGAGGGCCACGACGCGGUCUGGCAUGCUCGGGAAUACGGCAGACAAGCCAUUGCAAUUGAGCUUAAGCAUUACAAGGACUGCUUCAGUAAAUAG